UGGUUGGCUAGUUUUAACUUUCGGAAGUAUUACAUUUGAGAUUGGGGUUAGGCAAAGCAUUUGAUUACUGCCGUUUUGCACUACCUUGAAAAACACUGCAUUUGUAGAUUUGGGAGAUUGCCAAAUUGAAGUUUGGUGACUGAGUGUGUAUCACUCCACGGAAUUACCGCUGUCGUUUCCGGAUUGUUUAGUCUCUGUCUUUCAGCCAUUGCAGGUUUCCACUGUUCGGGGCAGUUGUGCCAGUUCUUUAGUGUAAUAGCGGGUAAGCGGUGUCUGUAGUGCAACGACACCUGUAUAGAUAUCUCCUCUCCCCACCUAUCCCUUGUUAACUAGUUGAGUGUAAGAAAAUUGGUUUAAGCUGCUGCCGUGGCCGUUCUCUAUUUUCCAGGUACCUGGACCCGACCUUUAGAGAAACUGACGGGUCGAAAGAGGGGAAGAGUGUGAAAGCUUCACCAACAUGGCCCAGAUCUUGCCUAUCCGCUUUCAGGAGCAUUUGCAGCUCCAAAACCAGGGUAUUAAUCCGGCCAAUAUUGGCUUCAGCACAUUAACUAUGGAGUCAGAUAAAUUUAUUUGUAUACGAGAAAAGGUUGGUGAGCAAGCCCAAGUAGUCAUCAUUGACCUGAAUGAUCCUACUAAUCCCAUCCGUCGACCAAUUUCUGCUGACAGUGCAAUUAUGAAUCCUGCCAGCAAAGUCAUUGCACUGAAAGAUGCUGGGAAAACACUGCAAAUUUUUAACAUCGAAAUGAAGAGCAAAAUGAAGGCUCAUACAAUGACUGAAGAUGUUACUUUCUGGAAGUGGAUCUCCUUGAACACAGUUGCACUUGUGACAGACAAUGCAGUAUACCAUUGGAGUAUGGAGGGAGAAUCUCAGCCUGUAAAAAUAUUUGAUCGGCAUUCUAGUCUGGUGGGCUGCCAAAUCAUUAACUACCGCACUGAUGCCAAGCAGAAAUGGUUGUUGCUAACUGGUAUUUCAGCACAGGUAGGGCAUUUGUCAAUUUCACACUUAUUUUUAAUGUUGAUGUUGCACAUCAUUGAAGUCGGCACACCCCCAACAGGAAAUCAGCCUUUCCCCAAAAAAGCAGUUGAUGUCUUCUUUCCCCCAGAGGCACAGAAUGAUUUUCCUGUUGCUAUGCAGAUUAGCUCCAAGCACGAUGUUGUGUUUCUAAUCACGAAAUAUGGGUACAUCCAUCUGUAUGAUCUGGAAACUGGCACCUGCAUUUACAUGAACCGGAUCAGUGGAGAGACCAUCUUUGUUACUGCACCCCAUGAAGCCACAGCUGGAAUCAUAGGCGUGAACAGAAAGGGACAGGUGCUGUCUGUAUGUGUUGAAGAGGAGAAUAUAAUCCCUUAUAUUACUAACGUAUUGCAAAAUCCAGACCUUGCUCUUCGAAUGGCAGUACGCAAUAAUCUGGCUGGAGCUGAGGAACUCUUUGCCCGCAAAUUCAAUGCUCUGUUUGCCCAGGGAAACUACUCUGAAGCAGCAAAAGUGGCAGCAAAUGCACCAAAGGGAAUUCUGCGUACUCCAGACACCAUUCGUCGUUUCCAGAGUGUACCAGCCCAGCCAGGCCAGACUUCUCCUCUGUUGCAGUAUUUUGGAAUUCUCUUGGACCAGGGCCAGCUCAACAAGUUUGAAUCUCUGGAGCUCUGCAGGCCAGUGCUUCAGCAGGGACGAAAACAACUGCUGGAAAAGUGGCUAAAAGAAGACAAGUUGGAAUGUUCAGAAGAACUUGGUGAUUUAGUGAAGUCUGUAGACCCAACAUUAGCACUAAGUGUUUAUUUGCGAGCUAAUGUUCCAAACAAAGUCAUCCAGUGUUUUGCAGAGACUGGACAAGUUCAGAAGAUUGUGCUUUAUGCCAAAAAGGUUGGGUACACUCCAGACUGGAUUUUCUUGCUGAGGAAUGUGAUGAGGAUAAGCCCAGACCAAGGUCAGCAGUUUGCUCAGAUGUUGGUACAGGAUGAAGAACCCCUUGCUGACAUCACUCAGAUUGUUGAUGUCUUUAUGGAGUACAAUUUAAUUCAGCAGUGUACUGCAUUCUUGCUGGAUGCUCUGAAGAAUAAUCGUCCAUCUGAGGGUCCUUUGCAAACACGUUUGCUUGAGAUGAACCUCAUGCAUGCUCCACAGGUGGCUGAUGCGAUCUUGGGCAACCAGAUGUUCACUCAUUAUGAUCGAGCUCAUAUUGCUCAGCUGUGUGAGAAGGCUGGACUGCUUCAGCGGGCUCUGGAGCACUUCACAGAUUUGUAUGACAUAAAGCGUGCUGUUGUCCAUACUCACUUGCUAAAUCCUGAGUGGCUGGUGAAUUAUUUUGGCUCUUUGUCAGUUGAGGACUCAUUAGAGUGCUUGCGAGCCAUGCUUUCUGCAAAUAUCCGUCAAAACUUGCAGUUGUGUGUCCAGGUUGCAUCAAAAUAUCAUGAACAGUUGUCAACUCAAUCACUUAUUGAGCUUUUUGAAUCUUUUAAAAGUUUUGAAGGUUUGUUCUAUUUCUUGGGUUCAAUUGUAAACUUUAGUCAGGAUCCUGAUGUGCAUUUCAAGUACAUCCAAGCAGCUUGUAAAACAGGGCAGAUUAAAGAAGUAGAGAGGAUCUGCAGAGAGAGCAACUGUUAUGACCCUGAACGUGUGAAGAACUUUCUGAAGGAAGCAAAGCUGACAGACCAGUUACCACUAAUCAUUGUCUGUGAUCGCUUUGACUUUGUUCAUGACCUGGUACUUUACUUGUACAGAAAUAAUCUUCAGAAGUACAUUGAAAUAUAUGUUCAGAAGGUAAACCCAAGCCGUCUGCCUGUUGUUGUUGGAGGUUUGCUGGAUGUCGAUUGUUCAGAAGACGUUAUAAAGAGCCUGAUUCUUGUCGUGAGGGGUCAGUUCUCCACUGAUGAGCUGGUUGCUGAAGUUGAAAAGAGAAACAGGUUAAAGUUGCUUUUGCCGUGGUUAGAAUCAAGAAUUCAUGAAGGUUGUGAGGAACCUGCUACUCAUAAUGCAUUGGCGAAAAUCUAUAUUGAUAGCAACAAUAACCCAGAGCGCUUUCUUCGCGAGAACCCAUUUUAUGACAGCCGUGUUGUUGGUAAAUACUGUGAGAAAAGAGAUCCACACUUGGCAUGUGUGGCAUAUGAACGAGGCCAGUGCGACUUGGAGCUUAUUAAUGUAUGUAAUGAAAAUUCGUUGUUCAAGAGCCUAUCUCGAUAUCUAGUUCGACGCAAGGACCCUGACCUUUGGGCAAGUGUACUUUUGGAAAGUAACCCUUUCAGGAGGCCAUUGAUUGAUCAGGUUGUGCAGACUGCACUUUCUGAAACACAGGAUCCAGAGGAGGUAUCGGUUACUGUAAAGGCAUUCAUGACUGCAGAUCUUCCCAAUGAACUGAUAGAACUGCUGGAAAAAAUUGUGUUGGACAACUCUGUAUUUAGUGAGCACAGGAAUUUGCAGAACCUCCUCAUUCUGACUGCAAUCAAGGCUGAUCGCACACGUGUAAUGGAAUAUAUUAAUCGCCUGGACAACUAUGAUGCUCCAGAUAUAGCAAAUAUCGCUAUAAGCAAUGAAUUGUUUGAGGAGGCCUUUGCCAUCUUUAGAAAGUUUGAUGUAAACACCUCAGCAAUACAAGUGCUGAUUGAACACAUUGGAAAUCUGGAUAGAGCGUAUGAAUUUGCAGAGCGGUGCAAUGAACCUGCAGUAUGGAGCCAACUUGCUAAAGCACAGUUGCAGAAGCAUAUGGUAAAGGAAGCUAUUGACUCCUAUAUCAAAGCAGAUGACCCAUCUUCAUACAUGGAGGUUGUACAGGCUGCCAAUAGUAGUGGAAAUUGGGAAGAGUUAGUGAAAUACCUUCAAAUGGCACGUAAAAAGGCUCGAGAAUCCUAUGUGGAAACGGAACUAAUUUUUGCUCUGGCUAAAACCAACAGACUCGCUGAGUUGGAAGAAUUUAUCAAUGGACCUAACAAUGCUCAUAUCCAACAAGUUGGUGAUCGCUGCUAUGAUGAAAAAAUGUAUGACGCUGCUAAGCUGUUAUACAACAAUGUCUCCAAUUUUGGCCGUUUGGCAUCAACAUUGGUUCAUCUGGGUGAAUACCAAGCUGCAGUUGAUGGAGCCCGAAAAGCAAAUAGCACUCGCACAUGGAAAGAGGUUUGCUUUGCUUGUGUAGAUGGAAAGGAGUUCCGGUUGGCUCAGAUGUGUGGUCUGCACAUUGUUGUGCAUGCAGAUGAAUUGGAGGAGUUGAUCAACUACUACCAGGACUUGGAUUACUUUGAGGAGCUUUCGCAGCCCCUGCAGUCAGCAGAUUUUCAGCCGCAAGCCCAUGCCAAGACCUUUACGGAGUUAAAUAUUUUAUAUGUAACUUAUGUGCCCCAGAAAGGUUGUACAAGGCAAUACAUGAUGUUAUUCUGGUUCCGUGUAAAUGUUCCAAAUGUAUUGAGAGCAGCAGAACAGGCUCACCUCUGGGGAGAACUUGUCUUCCUGUAUGAUAAAUAUGAGGAGUAUGACAAUGCCAUAAUUACAAUGAUGAACCACCCUACAGAUGCUUGGAAAGAAGGCCAGUUUAAGGACAUUAUCACAAAGGUGGCCAAUGUUGAGCUAUAUUAUAAAGCAAUCCAAUUUUAUUUGGAAUUUAGACCCAUGUUACUGAAUGAUUUGCUUAUGGUACUGAGUCCUCGGCUUGACCAUACACGAGCAGUCAACUUCUUUUCCAAGGUCAAACAGCUUCCAUUAGUUAAGCCAUAUUUGCGCUCUGUACAGAACCACAAUAACAAGUCAGUAAAUGAAGCACUAAACAAUCUCUUCAUUAUCGAAGAGGAUUACCAGGCACUUCGAACAUCAAUAGAUGCUUAUGACAACUUUGACAACAUCUCCCUUGCUCAGCGUUUGGAGAAACACGAAUUGAUAGAGUUCAGAAGAAUUGCUGCAUAUCUUUUCAAAGGCAACAAUCGUUGGAAACAGAGUGUUGAGUUAUGCAAGAAAGACAGGCUUUAUAAGGAUUCUAUGCAGUAUGCUUCCGAAUCAAAAGACACAGAACUGGCUGAAGAGCUUCUCCAGUGGUUCCUGCAGGAGGGAAAAAAUGAAUGCUUCGCAGCUUGCCUAUUUACCUGCUAUGAUUUACUGAGGCCAGACGUUGUGCUGGAAACUGCCUGGAGGCAUAACAUUAUGGACUUUGCAAUGCCAUAUUUUAUCCAGGUUAUGAGGGAGUAUUUGUCCAAGGUGGAUAAACUUGAUGCCUCUGAAACUCUGAGAAAAGAGGAGGAACAAGCCACAGAAACUCAGCCUAUAGUUUAUGGUCAGCCACAGCUUAUGUUGACUGCAGGACCCAGUGUUGCUGUACCACCCCAACCAGGUUACGGUUAUGGUUUCACCCCUGCUGCAGCUCCUUAUGGUGCACCUCAGCCUGGUUUUGGAUAUAGCAUGUAAAAUAGUCAGAAUUCAGCCAUUUCUUUCUGUAUUUCUACCACCUACAUGCCGGUCUGCAGUUCACAACAGGGAAGGAACACUUGAUUUUGCUUUGCAAUCUUGUUUUAAGAAGGACUCCUUUUUUCUAGUUAUGUUCUGGAACUCGGUUUAUUUUUCACAUUCCAUGUUCAUUAGACUAUGAUUUUUUCUAUGUUAUUUUAAAUGGGAAUGGUUUAAAUGUUUUGUUUUAUACCAGGUGGGCUUGUUUUUAUACAAGACAACUGUUUGUCAUCAUGGCAGUCUGUUGUGAAGACUUGGAAUUGCACUUCUGUAGUGUGAUGAAACUCUAAUAUAGAAUCUCAAGUUUGAUGUGUGUGAACAUUUUGUGUACUGUCUGUCUGUAAAUGCAUUUACUUAAUUCUCAGUGUAUAUUCAAAACAAAAAGCUAAAAAUGUUCUUAAUAUUUGAACAUAAGGCUGCAGCUUUAGUGACUACCGAAAAAGACACUAAUAAGCAUAUCUUACAAUUUUUCUAAACACAGUGCAACUAUAAUGUUUUUAUUUUAAAAACAGGCAUCUUCAUAUAACUGGGAGAAAUUGAACGAAAGUCCCCAAAUCCUAUGCAUAAAUUUCAGGUGCACCAUUUAGGUUUUUUAAGGGGAAGGGGGCUCACUCCAUCUGUAAUUAAUUACCUUUUGUUGUGCUGUAAACUGUGCUUUCCAGUUGCCCCAUUCUGUUCAGGAACUAAAAAAAAUAUAUAUUUUGAUGUGUGUACAGUUAAUGACCAUUAAAUUUCCCUCCACACUUUGCGUAUUCCAGAUACUGUGGUAAUCUAAGUCACUGUCACUAUUCUGAGUGUACAGAAAGAAGAAUUUGAAACCAGGGAUAAUGUAGUCCCAUCAGUUUGUGCAAUUUAAAAUUAAAAGUAUUCAGACGGAGAAUAAAUUAUAUGGCUGUGGA